AUGAUAUUGAGUGUGCUCAGUGCUUAUACAACUAGAAUUUAUGCUUUGUGUGAAGUGGAAGAUGCAAUCUUGUUUAUGGAUGAAAGGGGUCUUAAGAUUGAUGAAUUCACCCAAUCUGCAUUGACUAAGAUCCGUUAUUCAGUCGUCAUUUAUGCAUAUGCUGAGAAAAGAUACACAUUAGAAACAGACAAAGUCUUUAUGUGCUGCAAAGAGAGGAAGAAUCUUAGUGUCAUAGUGUUUAAUGUGAUGAUUAAAGCUUAUGGGAUAGGGAAAUGCUAUGAUAAAGCAUGCCAACUAUUUGAUCGUAUGGUGAAAUUUGGCUGUGCUGCAAAGGGAUGCAGCUACAUUUAUCUCAUACAUAUUUUGUCCUGUGCUGACAAGCCAUACAUUGCAAUACCUUAUCUAAAUAAAAUGCAGGAGGCCGGAUUGGUGAGUGAUUGUGCCCCUUAUUGUGCUGUGAUAUCAAGCUUUGCAAAGUUAGGCCAAUUAGAUACUGCGGAAGCAUUAUACGGUGAGAUGAUUAAGUAUGCUGUCUAUACACCUUCAAUCAUCACACUUCUUAAUCUUAUGAUUAUUCAGUUUAAGUUUAAGCAAUGA